AUGGGUUUGGAUCCGGAGUUGGAAGAAGAGGCCCAGACUUUGGUGAAGUCGACCGUGAACUUUGUUUCAGAAGUUCUGGGCGAUGAAGAUGACAUCCCAGAAGCAGCUGAACUUCGUAAGCAGCGAAGUCAGAUUGACAUUUGUCGAAAAGAGACGGAGGAGCUUUUGACCAAAGCAGACUCGAUCUCCACCAUAUCUGCCUUAAAGCUCGCUUUGCAAUUGGUGGAGAUGCUCCUUUUUCUGACCGUGAAGACAGAACUUGCUGGUCAAUGUGCGACGUCCUCGUAUUUGACCAGCUGGAGACAACAGAGCGUCAUGUCUCGAAUUGGUGAAAUCCUUUGGACCGUGAAGGACGCAUUGGAAUUGGCACGUGAUUUGGAGGACCGUGAACUGGAGGCCAUGUCUCUAAAGGCAUUGGCACGCGUGCAUCUCAGCCGAGUGAAGGAACCUGAUGCGCCAAUGGCUGCCGUCAACGAAGCCUCCAAGGCGUUGGAAGUCUUCAAGUCUCUGGGGGAUCAGGAGAUCGCAAAGCACACGAGACUUCAUGCAGGAAUAUUGUUUGUUCUUGGUGACGCUCAACUCAGCAAGGCGCUCAAGUCACCCUUCAGUCAGGCGAGAGAAGAGGCUCUCGAGGCUGCGGCAGCGACCAUGCGGGAAGCCACUGAGGUCUACGAGAAGCUGGAAGACACCAAGUGGAAGGGUCGAGCAAUGCUCGGCACUGCUUUGGCUCUUGUAGGUUUGGAGGAUGAGGAUCAGCAGAUGGAUGGUGAGAGGCUUGCAGAGGAUGCUAAGGACCUUUUCCAUGAUGCAGGAGAGUUGGACAUGGAAGUGGUUGCUGUGAUGCUCAUCGUCAAGUGUCGUGUAACCACCUCUGGCUUAGACUGUGCCCUACUCUCUGCAGAGGACGCAGCUGAAGACUGGAAAGAAGAAGGUGGAAGGCCCGAGCACGUUGCCAUCGCGCUUCAUACAGCAGCGACCAUCCACUUCCAAUUGAAGGAAGGGCUCGACAGGGCAGCACAGUUUUGUGCAGAGGCUCUGGAGCUCUUUCGGGCUGCUGGUUGGCGCCGGGCAGAGACAGCGGUGCUGCAGACAUACUGCCGAGUGGAGUCCCUGAAUCUGAACUUCGACAAGAGCAUCAAGUGCGCAAAAGAGGCGGUGAUGAACUACCGAGACAUGAAGGACACGCGAGGUGAAGCAGAGGCUCUUGCUUAUCAGGCAGAAGCCGCACUUAGCAAACUCAAUACCGAGGAGAACACCCUUCCGACAGCAGAAGCUCAAGCUUUGGCUGAUGAGGGCAAGGAGUGCUCCGAUAAGUCAAGAGAGAUGUUCAUAGAACUCGGUGACAAAGAGGGGCUACAAAUCGUGGAUGAGGUCACAUUUGUUUCCACCAAUGUGGCUGUGGAGAAGUACUGCGAGGCAACUCCACCAACUCGCAUGAUUACCACCUUGAAGUCAGACGGCCAUGGCGCUCAAGAGGAGGUUGCUGAAGGAUGGCCGCUGCGUGGGCCCAGUGCAGUACAUGUGAGACCGGUGAGACCGGUGAGACCGCUGAAUCACAGCGCUUUGAGGCGAGGACAUCAAUGCGAUGACACAUUUGUCCUGUUAUUUUUGUUGGAGAUGGACGAAGUGGAAAAUCAUACCUUGCUUCUUGCUUGGUUGAAGCAGAGGACGGACUUAAAAGGAACAGUGCGCCGUGCGGGCGACGCCUUUGUUUCCAGCGACUCCGCUGAGUCAGUUACCGAAGGGAUCGACAUAGUGGCAGUGCCUCUGAACCGAAUCUCAACGCAGGCUGGCCCAGAUGAGCACCUGUUGGUGAUGGAUUGUGAGGGUGGCAACAAUGCUCUGGCUGCAAUCCGAACUUUGGUCAACGUCUUCGGUUUGUUGCUCGGGAGCCAGGUGGUUUUUGUGGCCAACGGCAUGGCUACUGAGCAGGCCCUGCAGACUCUGGGCAUGUCUUUGGCUGCACGCUCACUGGUGCGACUAGAAGAAGGUUCUCAGCUCCCAAAGCAGGAGCUCGUGUUUGUGGUGAACAAAAACACGCUUCGCUACGAGGGUUCAGCCCUUGAGAAGAUUUUGGAGCAAAAGUUUGAUGAUGCUGGUCGUCAGGAGCUUCGAGACACCGUCAGGGAAUGCUUCCCAGAGAGGAGCUUUUUCACAGUUCCUCUAAUGGGCAUGCCCGCUUUCGACGACAACCUCAAGUCCUUGAGAGAACACCUUGUGAAUCGUAGAAAAAACCUGCAGAUGGGCGGCAUGCCAGUGGCUGGAAGGCAGCUGGCAGGAGUCAUGGAGCUCAUCGUCGCGGAGAUGAAGAAGUCCGAAGAAAUCAGUGUCCCUUCCAUGAACAGGUACGUCAUUUACGAAGGUUUUCUGAUGCCGUUGAUCCAUGACCUGAUGGAGCUGGGCCGAGAACAGAUGCCCGAGCUGGAGGACUACGACCCUGCCUUGGCAAAGAGGAAUCCCACCCCAGCUCUGCUGCAGCGGUUUGAUGAGUCUUGUGCCCAUAUUCGUCACUCCGGGCUCAAAGAUGAGGCGAGACAACAGCUCGAAAUGAAGCUUCGAGACUCGUGGCAGUGGGUUGAGGCCAAAAACGAGGCCUUUGGAAAUGAAGUCUGUGACACAGUCCAAGAAACACGAGAGCUGGAAAUCAGCCGGUCCAAGUCUGUGGUUGGUGGUGCUGGGCUGCUCAAAGAUGUCGUUGUGACUAAGCAGCUCUGCCGAGAGGAAGGGCGGACAGUUCUGUACAGAAAAAAAGGUGGGCAACCCGAGGCUUUGCCGUGGAAAUCCCAUGGAACCACGGUGACAAGAACGGUGGAGUGGUCCUUUGACACUCUACCCCCGAGCUGCAAAGGCUUGUUACGCAAAGCAAGUCCCAAUAGCCUCAGAGCUAUGCUGCGGGUCAUCAGCUGGGACCGGCAGCCACGGGUUUGUGUGGUCCAAGAUGGUCACUUCCUUUGGUUCGACGAACAAACUGCCUCAGGAAAAAAGGGACAAGCCAAGGGUUGCAUCAAUUUUCUGAUGCAUAAGGCGUCGGUACGGAGGGACGAACGAAACCCUGCUGCCUUCAUAAUUUCGCCCGCAGAACCCCAAGGUUGGCAUGAUCCUUCGUCUUUCACUGGAAAUGCAUUUCGUUCCUUUUUCUUCGAUGCCAGCGAAUCAGAAGUCGCCUGUGCACACUGGGUUUCCACCAUCGCCGAGAACAUACGUUUUGCGAAUCUGGCAGCCGAACAACUUGGUGCCGAGUUGUUCAGACAGGUGAGGGUUUUCAAACCGAGCUGGGACGACUUGGAGUAG